AUGCAACGGUCGCCAUCUAGAAAAAGCUCUCGUUUGCAGACAGCAACGAGCCAAAAUGUGAAUAGUUCCACGCCUGCCGGAACAAAUAGUUCAGCAAAUGUUUCUCAAAUGCCGUCGGUACAAAAUGUCAGUUCUGUUGCCCUCGGAACAACGGUAACUAGUGCCUCUAUAAGUGCCCCUAGAGAACCGACACCUGCUGUAUCAACGCAAAACAUUUUCAGUUCAACAAGUGAAGAGCCCUUUAGUCUGCCGCCGUUAGUGCCCGGUCCUAAUGUGAGAACCCAGCCACCACAAACCAUAUCGUCUGAUAAUGAGAACCUGCAACGACAAAUUGAUAUCCUGCAAGCUCAAUUGGCAAACGCUCAACGUGCUUUAAGAGCAAAUCAAAAUUUAAAUACGCCGAAUGUUAUUGGACAUAAUGCGCCAGUCAUCCAAAGUAUUAGCAGUGGCCCUGAGAACAUGGUUGAUCGCCGGAAUCCAACGCCAUAUUCCUAUGUUAGUCAGUCAGACCAGUUGAUGACAUCUCAGCCUCUUAUUGUUUCCCCUGCUACAGUGCCCAUGCCAGUACAACGCAAACUUUAUGAUCUGCCCGAAUUUUGUGGUAUUCCCGAGGACUGGCCAAUGUUUUUGUCUGCCCUUGAACAUUCGACAGCGGCAUAUUCAUACAAUAAUUUUGAAAAUUGUUUGAGAUUGCAGAAGGCUUUGAAAGGUGAAGCCAGAGAGUGCGUGAAGUCAUUGCUCAUCCACCCAAAUAAUGUGCCAACAGUUAUAGAGCAAUUAAAGCUACAGUAUGGUCGCCCAGAGUUGCUUAUUCGAUGUCAAUUGCAACAGAUGAAGGAAGUUCAGCCCAUAGCAGAAAACGCGAUCGAUAAAUUGGUGCCGUAUUCCAUUAAGGUCAGAAAUUUAGCAGCAUUUUUGGAAUCUGCCAAUGGUUAUCAACAUUUGUCGAAUCCAACACUCAUGGAGGAGUUAGUACAGAAGCUUCCAAUGAGCAAACGUUUGGAUUGGGCCCAGUUUGCUUCAACUUUACCUCAGUUGCCGACUAUUUUGGAUUUUAGUACCUGGCUCCAGCGUGUUGCAAAUUUGGUAAGAAGUGUGCAAAUAAGCAGUUCAAGUGGCAAUAGAUCUAACAGUGAUCCAAAACGAAAAGUGGUUUUAUAUGCUUCUGAUGGCCCAGAACGUCAGUUAAAAUGUUUUUAUUGUGUUGGCCCACAUAAAAUUUUUGAUUGUAAGAAAUUUUUAGAAUUGAGUGUGCCUAAUAGAUGGAGUGAAGUGAAGAGAUUGAAGUUAUGUUUUUCGUGUCUCAGUGGUGGCCAUUCAAGUAAAGAUUGUCGUCGGUGUAAGCAGUGUCCAAUGGAAAAGUGCCAAAGAAAUCACAAUAAAUUAUUGCAUGAAACUAAACCUAAUGAACCAAGUGAACGAUCCGUAAAUGUGCCGCCAACAGAGAGAGCUUCAACAGUCGAACCAGUGCUUAGUUGUGUUUCAAGUGCUAGUGAAAGAAGUGAUUUGUUGUUCAGAGUGCUCCCAGUGGUUCUUUAUGGACCAAAUUGUGCUAUUGAAACUUAUGCACUCCUAGAUGAAGGUUCUUCGGUCACGAUGAUGGAUAGCUCUUUAGUGAGACAGCUUGGACUGCAUGGUCGACAAAGUCAAUUGAAUUUGAGUUGGUAUGGUGGUAAAUCGGCACAAGAACCAGUUAUGGUGGUGGAUCUUCAUGUGAGCGGUGUUAAUAAGAAGAGGAAAUAUGCUUUGAAAAAUGUGUAUGGUGUCUCGAAUUUGAAGUUGCCUAGUCAGAGUUUUAAUGCGGAUUUAGUAAAGAAUCAUGGUGUGCCUUUAAACUCAUAUGAAUGUGUGGCUCCAAAGGUACUAAUUGGAUUGGACCAUUGCCAUUUAGGAUUGCCCGAUGAAAUAGUCCCUUUGGAAGAUGCUGGUCCAUAUGCUGCCAAUACUCCUCUUGGAUGGGUUGUUUUUGGAAACGUGAAAGGAGGUCGCCCUGGAACACAAACAUGUUUGCUGACACAGUUGGAUAAUUUAAAUAAUUUGGUGGCAAAUUAUUUUGAAACUGAAAAUUUUGGUGUUAAGGCUCUACCAGUGAUUGAGUCAAGAGAUGAUUUACGUGCACGAGAGAUAUUGAGAAAUUCGACGAAGAGGGUUGCCGGAAGAUUUGAAUCCAAACUACUAUGGUGUAAUGAUGACGUAGUCCUGCCGGAUAGCUAUUCCAUGGCCCUUAAUAGAUUUUUUGGAAUGGAAAGAAAAAUGAAAAAUAAUCCUGAAUUUGGUGCGGCCUAUAAACAAAUAAUGAGUGAAUAUUUGCAGAAGCGGUAUGUACGCAAAUUAUCAUUGAGUGAAGUCGAUACGUUUCAUCCGAGAACAUGGUACUUGCCCCACUUUGGUGUCGUAAACCCUAAUAAGCCAGGGAAGAUUCGUAUGGUGUUCGAUGCAGCAGCAAAGGUGGAAGGUGUCUCGUUGAAUUCAAAGUUAUUGAAAGGCCCUCAGCAAUACAAACCGUUGCCAUCAGUUUUAUUUAAUUUUAGAAUCGGUUCCGUAGCUGUUUGUGGGGACAUAAAGGAAAUGUUUCAUCAAGUUGUUGUUGCUGAGGAAGACAGGUGUUCGCAGAGGUUCUUGUGGCGAGAUGAUGCUAGUGGUCCAUCGGAAGUGUAUGAGAUGCUUGUGAUGACGUUUGGAGCUGCCUGUUCGCCCUGUAUUGCCCAUUAUGUGAAGGAAAUACAUAAAGUUGCUGGUUUUGAAAUGCUCAGGAGACAUAGUGUACUUUGGGACGAGAUGUUGCCCAUUGUUGCGUCAUUACAAACGAUGUGGAAUAAAUGGCGCCAAGAGCUAAGAAAUGUUGUCCAUGUAAAGGUUCCACGAUUUUAUUUUGGAAAUGGUUUACCCUUGGAGUUAGAGCUGCAUAUUUUUGUUAAUGCCAGUGAAGAUGAUUGGAGAUGGUUGCCUACAGUUCUCAAUGUUGCCGAUGAUACUACAGGAGCUAAAAAUGAAGUUGAUUUCUCCAUUGAAACACGUUGGUUCCAAGGGCCACGAUUUUUGUACGAAAACAAAGCUGACUGGCCGAAUAAGAAUUCUGAGAAAUCUGAUGAUUUGUGUGAAGAAGAACUUCGCCCCAAAUUUGUUAUGAUGGUUAGUACAAAUUUAGUAAUUGAUUUUAAUCGUUUUUCUUCAUUUCUCAGGCUUAAACGAACAAUGGCUUGGGUUCUGAGAUUUAUCAAUCGCUGCCGAAAAUAUGAUAAAAGUAAUGGUUCGAGAUGCCUGUGUGCUGAAGAGUUAAGGGUUGCUGAAACUAGUCUGUGUCGUCUGUCCCAAGAAGAGUGUUUCGCCUUUGAAAUAAACGUUUUAAAAUCUGGUGGUUCUUUAAAAAAGGAUAACGUGUUAUUUUCCCUUUCGCCUUAUUUUGAUGAAAAUAAUUUACUUCGAGUGAGCGGUCGUAUUGAUGCUGCGAGUUGGUUGCCUUUAGAUGCCAGGCACCCCAUUAUUUUGUCGCCCUGUCACCGCUUUACACAACUAUUUGUUGCCCAUGUGCAUAAUAAAAUGAGACAUCAAAAUUUUGAGGCUACCAUAGGCGAAAUAAGGAAAAGAUUCUGGAUUCCACGACUUCGAAAUCUGUUGAGUAAGACCACAUCAAAUUGCAACAUUUGUAAGAUUCGUCGUGCUGUUCCAGUAGCUCCUUUUAUGGGAUCGUUGCCAAGUGAUAGACUAACUCCAUAUGUCCGGCCAUUUACUUAUACUGGUGUUGACUAUUUUGGCCCAUUAAAUGUGACUGUUGGUAGACGCCAUGAAAAACGUUGGGUUGCCCUGUUUACGUGCCUUACAAUCAGAGCUGUACAUUUAGAAGUGGCCUAUGAUCUAUCUACUGAUUCGUGUAUUUUGGCUAUACGGAAUUUUAUAAAUCGUCGUGGCACCCCGUUGAAGAUUCGGAGUGAUAACGGAAAGAAUUUUGUUGGAGUUAACCAAGAAGCCCAGCGAUUUGAUGAAGUAUUUGAUCUGGUUAAAAUUGAAGAUGAGUUGUCCACAAGGGGCAUUGAAUGGCAGUUUAAUUGUCCACAUAAUCCUGCAGAAGGUGGAAUAUGGGAGCGAAUGGUUCAAUGUGUUAAAAAGGUUUUAAGAGUAACCCUAAAAGAAGUCGCCCCAAAAGAGCACACCUUGCAAAGUUUUUUAAUUGAAGCCGAAAACAUCGUGAACUCUCGCCCAUUGACUCACUUGCCUGUCAGUCCGGAAGACGAAGAACCAUUGACGCCUAAUCAUUUCUUGUUGGGUUCUGCAAAUACGGCUCAAACGCCAGAAGGUAUUGAAAUUACAAAGCCAGUGGUACUGAAGAAGCAGUGGCGAAUUGCUCGACAGCUACGAGAUCAUUUUUGGAAAAGAUGGAUUGUGGAAUAUUUGCCCACACUUACAAGACGGUGCGAACAUACGAAGCCUGUGGCCCCGGGAGAUCUUGUACUAAUUUGUGAUCCAGCUGUUUCCCGCCGAGAUUGGAAGAGAGGUCGUGUCGUAAAUGUGUUUCCUGGCAGUGAUGGUGUAAUCCGAAGAGCUGAUGUCCAAACAAGUAGUGGAAUACUUAAACGCCCAGUUUCCAAACUAGCAGUCCUUGAUUUGGAGUAG